UUCCCUAACACUGGGAUCACACCCUCUUGCCUUGCAGAGAUGGGCGACAUGGAGUCCUACAAGGUGAUGCUGAACGGGCCGGCACCCUGGGGCUUCAGGCUGCAGGGAGGGAAGGAUUUCAGCAUGCCACUCUCCAUCUCCAGGCUGACUCUGGGUGGGAAGGCAGCCCAGGCCGGCGUGGGAGUGGGCGACUGGGUGCUGUACAUCGACGGGGAGAGCACCAGUGCCAUGACACACAUCGAGGCCCAGAACAGGAUCCGUGCCUGUGGGGACAGGCUCUGCCUCACCUUGAGCAGAGCCCAGAACCAGCUGGGGAAGCCGCAGAAGGACUCACUCCCCUGCUCUGAACCCCUGAAAUAUAACUUCGCUCCCAGCACCGCCCUCAACAAAACAGCCCGGCCCUUCGGGGCAGCCCCCCCAGCUGCUGGAGCCCCCCAGCAGCCUCCACAGCCUCUGCAGCCCCCCAGCACCCCCGGGUGUGACCCUGGGAAGCUGAGGAUGUUGGAGGAUGCUGAGGACUGGCAGCCCCGCACCGGCACCUCGCAGUCCCGCUCCUUCCACAAGCUGGCCCAGCUGACGGGCACAGGUGGCAGUGAGUUCCCACAGGGCCUGGCGCUGCCUGGGGAUGUGGGGCUGUUUUGGGGUAACCAGGAGCUGGGAGGAGCAUGGAGGAUGGUGAGGAUGAAUUUAUUAAAAAGCCCAGGAGUGAACACUGUCAGCAUUUCCACAAGGCUCGUGCGUCUCUGGGGCUGUGGAUGUGUGUGGGGAGGGAUGGACUGGUCAAACACUGACUGCUGUGCCACCAUUCUUUCUGAUACCACAGGGAUGCCCAUGGGUCCAACUGGGGCACGGGGCAGCAUCGGUGAGUGCCAGGUUCUGGCAGAGGUGUUGGCAUGUGCCAGGGCAUCUUUGGGGAUGCUUCCCUGUUCCAGAGCAGGGUCCAGUCCUGGUGCUGAGCUCCUGCCCUCUGUCACUCACAGGCAGCCCCCCCAGCCUCUGGAGCCUCCCAGUGACAGUGUGUGUGACCCUGUGAAGCUGAAGAUGUUAGAGGACAUUGUGGACACAAAGCCCCACACCUGGACCUCCCAGUCCCGCUCCUUCCGCAAACUGGCCCGGAUGGUGGGAGCCAGCAGCAUGGAUGAAGGUGACGAUGAGCCCGUUAAAAAGCCCAGGGAUUCCCAUGGGUCCAUCUGGGGCAUAGUGGAGCAGCGGGAGCCUCUGGAGCCCCCCAGCACCCCCGGGUGUGACCCCGGGAAGCUGCGGCUGAUGGAGGACGCGGAGGGCUGGCAGCCCCGCACCGGCACCUCGCAGUCCCGCUCCUUCCGCAAGCUGGCCCAGCUGACGGGCACAGAUGAGAUGGAGGAUGGUGUGGAUGAGAUUGUUAAAAAGCCCAGGGAUGCCCGUGGGUCCAGCUGGGGCACGGUGGAGCAGCGACAGCCCCCACAGCCUCUGGAGCCCCCCAGCACCCCCGGGUGCAAUCCUGGGAAGCUGCGGCUGAUGGAGGAUGCUGAGGACUGGCAGCCCCGCACCGGCACCUCGCAGUCCCGCUCCUUCCGCAAGCUGGCCCAGCUGACGGGCACAGAUGAGAUGGAGGAUCAUGAUGAUGUGUUUGUUAGGAAGCCCAGCCAGGUCUCCGUGCCGGACCCAUCCCCAGGAGCAACGAUGAAGACGGAGCCAGGACUGGCCCCCAGGACCCCCAGUGCCAGCCCCAGCCCCACCAGCCGCCCGCCCUGGGCUGUGGACCCCUCAUUUGCCGAGCGCUACGCCCCGGACAAGACGAGCACGGUGGUGAGCAAGCACAGCCAGCCUGCCACGCCCACCCCCAUGCAGAACCGCAGCUCCAUCGUGCAGGCAGCCCAGCAGGCCCCCGAGGGGCCUGGCCGCACCCCCCUGUGCUACAAAUGCAACAAAGUCAUCAGGGGACGGUACCUCGUGGCGCUGGGACAUUAUUACCACCCCGAGGAGUUCGUGUGCUGCCAGUGCAGGAAGGUGCUGGAUGAGGGCGGCUUCUUUGAGGAGAAAGGCUCCAUCUUCUGCCCCAAGUGCUACGACACGCGCUACGCGCCCACCUGCGCCAAGUGCAAGAAGAAGAUCACUGGGGAGGUGAUGCACGCACUGAAGAUGACCUGGCACGUGCAGUGCUUCACCUGCAACGCCUGCAAAACUCCCAUCCGCAACCGAGCCUUCUACAUGGAGGAGGGACAGCCCUACUGCGAGAGAGACUAUGAGAAGAUGUUUGGCACCAAGUGCCGCGGCUGUGACUUCAAGAUCGAUGCUGGGGACCGGUUCCUGGAGGCGCUGGGCUUCAGCUGGCACGACACUUGCUUUGUCUGUGCGAUCUGCCAGACCAACCUGGAAGGGAAGACGUUCUACUCCAAGAAGGACAAGCCUCUGUGCAAGAGCCACGCUUUCUCCCAUGUGUGAGGGGUGGAAAUCCAGCUGUGCCAACACAUGUCCCUGUCCCUGCAUGCUCCUCUCCCCCUGCCCUGCUGGCCCUACGGAGCCAGGCUGGGCCCUUGGCCCUUUCCCUUGCUCCUGCCCCUUUCCUAGCAUCUCCUGGCUCAACUCCAGCCAGAUAGAGUGCUGGCUCCAGCCUUUGAUAGCUGGGUGGCUUCUUAUAUGCUUUUCAGCUGGCCCUAGGAGCCCUGGGAAUGGGAUGCUGCAUGGAUCUUCUGCCCCUGAGCCACGCAGCAUGGUGGGCACAACCGUGCUGAGGCUGGAAUUGGAGAGGGUCUGCCACAGCUGGGCUGCUCCCUUGCUGCCUGGCAGCUCAUUGCUGGGGCAGGGACACUCCUUACACAUCCCUCCCUGAGUGGGUGAGGACCAGCUCCUGUCUCACUCUCCCCAGCCUUCCCUGCUGUGUGCUUGGGGCUGGAGACCCAGCCCUGCUCCUCUGCUGGGGCCCUGCCCAUGCCAACCCACCAGGCACCCCUCACACUGCUGCGGUGGUUUCCUGCCCCAGCUGCAUUCCAGGGGUGUCUGUUCCUCAUACCCCCACCCUGCUGGCAUCCCCUGGGGCUGGCAUCACCCCCAGCCGUGGGCUGGCAGCGUGUGCUGAUGCCAGCCCAGCCAGGCGGCUGCUCCUGCAAGGCUUGGGCACAGCUUCCUACCAAAGAGCUCUCUGCCACUGCCAUCCUGGGGCCACCGAUGCCUCCCCCCAAACCACACCCUCCGGUCGGGCUGCGCUGAUGUAGCCACGGUGCUUUUAGUGCCUUUAAUAAACACGUCUCUGCAAGUGC